ACUAGACGCCGCGGGCACGCGUGUUUAUCCAUACGUAAUCACAUACGAUAUCCGAUCAUCUCUUUUGUUUGUCAAAAAGAAACUUGAAAAUAAAAGUGUACGUUUAUAAUACUUUGCCAAUAGCACGUACAGGAAGCUCGAGUCACUUGAAUACGGUAAAGCGUACAGGAUGUCACACCCGAUAUUUGGCUGACGUUUUCUCAAAACAAGAAGUUCAAAGCGAUGGGGAUGGAAGAAGAAGCUGUUCUGUGCUCUACUUCGUUGGGGUCCGUCGAUUUUUGAUUGGAACAAGGUCCAAAAAGGAUUUCAGUGGGGGCCACUAAAGCAAGGAAAAUGGUAGCAAAGGAGAGUACGUAUUUGAUAAACACCCACCACAAGUGCGCGAGGAUCAGUUUGUCGGAUCCGAAGCUCUACAAACCACGAGAACUGACAAAGGAGGACUUGGCUUACUACACGGCUCAUCCGCUCUGGAUAAAAAUCCGUCUCUGCUUGUUCUGGAUCUUUUGGGCCGCCCUCAUCGUUGUCCUGGUCCUCUCCGUCCUCAUGUACCUCUGCCUCUUCCCAUCGAUUUGUCGGGUCAGCUAACAAACGUGGCCCUUCUUUCCACCAACUAUUAUUACGUUUGCCUGAUUGAUAACACGCGCGUAAAAGUGCACACGCGUGCGUUUGUGAGUGUAUCUCUCUCGCCGAGGAAUUUUACCGAGGGUGUAUAUAUAUAUGAACGAUGGUACUGAUAAUAAAGGCGAUCUAGAGACUUUGUUUCGAUUAAAUCAGCCGG